AUGAGGGAAGGAACAAAUGGUUUGAGUUUUCAGGCGAUGGUUCUCGAGAAGAAAGGAGAGAACGAGAGGAUUCCCAAGAAGGAGAAAAAAAGAAAAAGCAAAGAAGAUGAGUAUAAAGUUGGACUUCAAGAAUGCAAAAAAAUAUUCACGAUAGGAUUCUUUGGCCUAAGGUUACUAUGCCUCUUACGGUCUUCACGCUUCGAUCUAAGCUUGCAGAAAUUUGGGGCUGAUGUGAAAAAUUGGAGAGUUCUUUCUCUUGGUAAGGGUUACUAUCAAUUUAAUUUUGCUAGUGCUGAAGAUGUGAGGAGAUUUAGGGCUUCAGGUACGUUGAAUCUCAACCCUGGUUAUUUGAAAUUGUUUUCUUGGUCCAAGGAUUUCAAUCUUGCUUCGCAGUAA